ACUUGCUAACCACAAAACCCGCCGGGCCGGUGCGGGAGCUGCGGAGCGUCGGCUGCUGUCCUCGCCGGUCCUUCCCGCGAGCGUGACCGAGCUGUCCUCGCACCCGGAGGGCAACAGGGGCCCCCGCGGGCCCCUCACCGCCAGGAUUGCUGUGAGGGUUUGAGAGAGUGGCAUAUGUAAAUUGCUGAACACCAUGCCUACCUCUCAGUAGAUGAUGUAAAAAUCCUGGUUGUUAUCACUGAGAAAGGAAGAAUGCCCAACCUGUGAGCACCGCUUCUUCAAUCACUAGAAAUUUUAUGUCCUCUUCUCACCUUAGUGAGAGGAAGAAGAAGAAAUCCUAUAACCUGUGCGGCCUUCCUGAAGCAAACUAAGACCAAGACAGGUCCUCUGUGACCUUGAAAGACAAAGGCAACACCGCCAUUUAAAAUGUCCUUCUGGGAAGGGUGGAGCUUGACCUACACUGGGGUCAUCCUUUGCUUCCUGACUCUAAGGCUGUCCACCGGUCAGAACUGCCUCACCGAGAGCCUCGCAGAUGUUGUCAUUGACAUCCAGGCAUCUAUUUCUAAGGGAAUCCGCGGCAAUGAGCCCAUGCAUACGCCAACUCAACAAGACUGCAGUAGAUCUUGCUGUUCAACAAAAAAUAUAGCAGGAGACAAAGCAUGUAACCUGAUGAUCUUCGAUACUCGAAAAACCGCUGGACAGCCCAACUGCUACCUAUUUUUCUGUCCCAGUGAGGAAGCCUGCCCACUGAAACCAGCAAAAGGACUUGAGAGCUACAGGAUAAUUCGAGAUUUUCCAUCUUUGGCCAAAACUGAUGUGCCGAGCCAGGAGCCAGCUGGAGAAGAUUCUCUCUUACACGGCCGCUGGCCACAGGCAGCCACGCCCUCACUCACUCUUCCAUCACCUGGUUAUUCAAAGUCUGCUGACCUCUCAUGGGAAGAUGUGUUGUCCCAGAAGGUGGGGUCCCCACGUCCCUUGGAGAAGCUCUUCAAGAUGGAGCAAGUGAGUGUGCCAUGGAUGCCUGCCGAUCAAGAAAAAGGCCCUUCUCAGGGGACACCAUUUUCCUCCCAACAGGAGACGGCUAAGCUGCUGCCUGAGAAGGUGGCUACGCCCCCAGCUGCUGGGGCAAGUGCUUCUCCACAUGCCGACUCUGCUACCCCAAAGACUGUGGCUCUCCCAUCCACAGUGGCACCUUCUGUGGCUGUGUGGCCGCUGGAGGCCACCACGGCUCGAGGGAUAACCGCUGUCACUUCUCUGCCCCCCACGCCCCAAGCCAUGGCCACAACAGCAGCUCCCACCACCACCUUCCAGGCACCUAGCGACCUGAAAGGCACCAUUGUCCCGGUGCCUAGGGAAAAAAUCACCAGCGUCACUUCGCAUCCUGGGGACACACAGGGCCCUGCCACGCUUUCUUUGUCAGAAGUAGAGGCGUCCUCUAACCAUGGAGCUGCCUCUCGAGGUGAUGGGGAGGCCAGGGCCCCGGCGGGCCGCGAUCGCCUGCCCCUUGAGAAGUGGCUUCUUGUGGGGACACUGCUGCUGGGCGUCCUCUUCCUGGUCAUAGGCCUCGUCCUCCUGGGCAGGAUUCUCGCCGAGUCCCUCCGCAGGAAGCGCUACUCACGGCUUGAUUAUCUGAUCAAUGGCAUCUACGUGGACAUCUAAGGACAAAGCCAAACGCCCCUCAGUUCAUUCCUGACAGAAGCCCAGAUGUCCCAGCCUCACAGUAACGUGCCCCCCCCCCAGCACUUUCUUUUUGUUCCUUUUUUGAGGAGGAGGGGGCAAAGUGACUAGGUUAGAAGAUUUGAAUGGUCUGCUUCUAGAAUAUUCUCUGAAAAUAAAGCUCUACCUACAGUAAUAAUGCAUAACUGCUGUAAAAAAAAAAAAAGGACAUCAAGAUUCCAAUCCACUAAUAGUUCUGGUUUUUCUGGUUCCAGAUAAAAUCGUUGUUUAUGAUAUUAGUUCUAAUGGGUUCACUUUCCUUUUUAUAUGAAUUCCAGUAAAACCUAUUCCAGAUGUAGUCUCUUCCAAUUAAACAUUUGAAUAAAUCUUUUGUUACUCA